CAAAAAUGAACUAAACCUUGUGAACAAAUUCGUUGUCCUUAAUCAGUGGGUUUUCUUGUAUGCAAGGUCUAGGCAAUAAGUUGGGUGUUGGGAGGACCAUGGGUUAGAUGCGGUUCCCAGCACUGACUUUUUUGUGAAUUCCGUCUAAACCUGGAUAAUCUCUUUAUCAUGGCAGUUUUUCAUUAUCUUGCCUCUUUAGCCACCGCACAUGGAGUUAGCUAGUCUAAUCCGAGUGAAUAACAUCAACGGUUGUCGACUCUGUGGACCGAAUUUCUCAAUUGUUUCAAAAAAGUUGGCACUCACAAACCAUCAAUUACUGUUCAUCUCUGAUGGUGAGGACUUCUCGCUACCCUAUAAAGCCAUUGAUGGGGUCCGACUUCUUGACACAGUGGCCGAGCGCAGGUAUCCUCAAUCCGGCUUGAAUGGACAUACGUUGUCGCUUCAGACGAAAAGCUUUUGCAUCUACGAACUCACAGUUCUCAAUGGAAACGAAGCUCGAGCCCUGUUGUGCUCAAUAGAGGCUCUAGCUAGUGUUGAUGUUGGUCUGCAAUAUCCAUUCUUCUACGGAGAAAAAUUUCCUGGUGCUCAGAACAAAUCUGCUGCAAUCGAUAGUCGUUCCGAUCUGGCGGAGGCGUUAGCAACAGAGAAGUGGCGCGUAUCCAGAGCCAAUGAAAAUUAUUCGAUAUGUUCCUCUUAUGCCCGUGACACGAUUGUACCAACAGACAUCACAGAUGCUUUGAUUCGAGAAAGUGCCGGUUUUCGCCGAGGCGGCCGCUUUCCUACGCUGGUCUACUACCAUGUUCCCAGACAUACAGCCCUUUUAAUCUCUAGUGAACCCGUCUUUCAAUCUCCGACAUCCUAUCCGGCAGCGAAUCUAACAUCUAAUGCGAGUAAGAGUCCAUCAGUUGUUGGAAGUCCCCAGCACGCAACUCUGGGGGGAGGACCCGUCCUUUCACCAAACAGCUCGUCUGCGCCAGUUUUCUCAACUGGAAAUCGUUGUCGGGCAGAUGAACAGCUGCUGGCUGCCAUUUUACCGGAUCGAUAUCGGGGAGCUAUUCUGGAUGUACGUGACCAGCCUAACGUUAAGAAGAAUACUUCACAAGACCAACACUUCGUCAUACUAACCGCCGAAUUUAUAUCCUCUGCAUUUGUCACUAUUGCUUGCUCUUCAGUGGUCGCCGCUGAAUCCGAACCUAACUACCCGCAGUGGCGAAGAAUCUGUCGGUCGAUGGAAGCUCCAACCCAGGUCAACACAGUAUUCCGAAAGUUAAUCGAAGUGUGUUUAGCUCCUGGCCGUUCCACUCGUUCCGGGACAAGCUCCCUCGGUGCAUUUACGACCGGUGCUUUGACUGACUCAUUGAAUGCGCUUGCUACAGUGGCUAUGGGGCCAUCAGGAGCCAUAGUUCCUUCAGAUUCCUUGAAUGGUGAGGGAGCAUCAAGGGUGUUUUGGGACUCAGAUGGUGACAAUAUGGACCGUUUACCUGCUCCAGAAGUAUCAUCAACUACCGUGGCUACGAACCCUCAAAUGGCACACAACAUGCGCCGUAUCGGUGCUUGGCUCACUCUGGUCCGUGAAGCCCUGGCUGCCGCUGUUGCCGGAGCGACAGCGUUGGAUGCUCGCGAUGCUUUUGCUCAACAACAGUUACAACAAGAGCAAUUAAUAUUGACCCGGAACUAUAAGGAUCAGCAAGUGAAAUCCGCGCGAACCCAAAAACCGCAUGCUGUCCGAGAAGAGGCCAAAUUACGUGGUUCAUUCGUGCUUGUACAGAGUCAACACGGAUACGAUCGUGCUCUGGUCGUCGCCGGUCUUAUUCAAGUUAUCCUCAAUCCCGCCGCCCGGACUCUUUCAGGCUUCCCUUCUUUGAUCGAACACACAUGGAUUCGAUCUGGUCACCCAUUUUCAGAACGAUAUCGGAACGCCUCUCUGGGUCCCCGAAAUCAGAAAACACAGGCACCCAUCUUCUUGCUGUUUUUGGACGGAGUUUGGCAGCUAUGGCGACAAUACCCAAACGCAUUCGAAUUUACGGAUGAAUUGUUAUGCUUCCUGGCCCAACACGUAUACUACUCGGAAUUCGGAACUUUUCUGGGGAACAGUCCAAAAGAUCGAGAAGAACUGAAGGUAGAUGAACGAACUACCUCUUUAUGGGUUUAUUUAGAACAGCCCAGUGUUCUUGCAAACUUCAAGAAUCCCCUAUAUUGUGCUGACAAGGAUCGCGACACCACAAACUACGCAUGUUGGCCAUGUUUGGCUCCACAGGCUCUGGAGCUUUGGCGUGAAGUGUAUCUGAAGCAGCAGUAUACCGAACCGGAGCCCAUAUGGGCCAAACCUCGUCAGCUGAAUCGUCUGAUAAAAGAACAAUUUUUCGCUGAACUUGAGAAAACUCGCCAUUUGCGAAAACUAUUGAAUUCGCUUCAACAGGAAGCUCGUUCUGCAGGGUUACUUACCAAAGUAUCCAAGACUUGAAGCCCCUCUGUCGAUACUGUUGGGUACAUCGCUUUGGAGAACCUCGAGACCCAUGAUCAACGCCAACUCCUCGGCUCUCGAGUGUACAACUUCUAACAAUGAUUUUAACUUUUUAUAUCAUUUUUACUACAUACUAUGUACUUGUUCUUUCGUGGCGUUUUUCUUUAUGCCAAGUCUACUUCUCUCCAACCACAACUAAACGUCCGUAGGAUUGUGAAUUUAUCCGCUUCAACUGUGAUACGACCUCUAUCACUGCAUCAUAUGUCGUGUUUGAGGGUUGUGGGUCUGUUUGCGUGACUCUUUUCCUAGCAAGGAUUCAAA